AUGGGUAUUGGAAAUGCCUUACUAAUGUUCACAAAACUUUCUUGUGGCCUUUCUGCUAAAAAGCUGCCCUAUAUUAAAGUCAACCAACAUGCAUUAGAGAUUCCCUGUAUCUGGUCACCAGAUGGAAGCAAUAUUUUCUGGAAGACAGCACAUGGCCAGUUUUGGAUACUCUAUACCCUUAGUAUCCGUGAAUCUCUACACCCCUUCCAGAGCACUCACUUGUGCAACCCGCCCUCACCACCGCCCAAUGCAGCCUUGCCCUCACAGGUGCUCCAGAACUACCCGGAUGCUGAGGCCGCCAUCAACUGCCAGAUCAACCUGGAGCUGUAUGCCUCCUACAUCUACCUGUCUAUGUCUUACUACUUUGGCCAUGAUGAUGUGGUUUUGAGGAAUUUUGCCAAAUACUUUUUUGAUCAAUCUCAUGAGGAGAGGGACAAUGCCAAGAAGCUGGUGAAGCUGCAGAACCAGCAUGGUGGCCGGAUCUUCCUUCAGGAUAUCAAGAAACCAAACUGUGAUGAUUGGGAAAGUGGGCUCGGGUUGAGCGUGAUGGAGUGUGCAUUACACUUGGAGAAGAGUGUGGUCCAGUCGCUCCUGGAGCUGCACAAGCUGGCCACUGACAAGAACGACCCCCACGUGUGUGACUUCAUUGAGACUUACUACCUGGAUGAGCAAAUGAAGUCCAUCAAACAGCUGAAUGACCACGUGACCAACCUCGCUAGGCUGAUGUUGCCAGGGCAGUGCAUGCAUGUUAGGGUUACCUUUACCUUUUCUAUAAAUUGUACUAGAACAUCUACUUAA